UUAAAAACAAAACCCUAGCGCCUCUUUUUUUGUUCCAUUUCUCUCUCUCUCUCUCUCUUGCUCAAAUCGAUUCCCUCCCUUAUCGCCAUUUCUCCCUCCAUUUUCGCUCUCUCGAUUUCGAGCUUCCUCUCUCCGCCUAUCGAAUCUCUAAUUUGAAGCUGAUUCUUUCUCGAUCUGGAUGUUUAUCGAAGAAGAAGGUCUCUAUUAAUUUAGUUGUAUAGGUACUUAAUCUAUUGGAAAGUGUUGUAGUAGCUGUAACUGUUAAAGACUAGCAUAGAUAUGGGGAAGGUGUCUCCAAAAGACUUGGAUUCUAAAACCUCGGUGAGGAAAAAGAAGUUGAAAGGUUCAGGUAACAAAUAUUUAAAGCCAGGGGCUUUGGUUCAGCUUUGUUAUAGUAAAGCAUCGGCUGCUAAGUCAUGUAAUGAUUUGGGGAAGAAGCGAGUACCUGUAUUUGAUACUAAGCAUGCAAGGAACAAGAAAAUGGCGGCUGAGCAUUUGAAUUCUCCCAAAAGCCCUCUAAUGUUGUCCCCUGUCAACGUUGUUAAGCGGAGUACUCUGGUGAGGCCAAUGAAGUUUGAUGAUAGUAAUAAUAGUUGUAAGAAAAGCCCUUUAAUGUUAUCUCCAAUGGGUAUUGUUAUGCAAAACACUUUGGUGAGGACACCAAAAACUCCACAAGCUGAUCCUUGCAAUUCAGAAUCUCAGCUUGAAUCUCUUCCCAUGGAUUUACUGGUUAAAAUAGUUUGUCAUCUGCACCAUGACCAGCUGAAGGCAGUUUUCCAUGUUUCUCAAAGAAUAAGAAUGGCUACCAUUCUUGCAAGACAAUAUCAUUUUAAUUAUACAACGCCAGAUCGCUCAAGACAGGAAAUGUUGAGUGUCAUGACCCCAAUGCCAAUAAAUCGUUGGCCAUUCCGUAGCAGAGGAGAUGGAAACCCAACAAUGGUGUCAAGCCCACAUACCCCAAAAGCGCCAAAACAUGCACCUCGUCCACCCUUUCGAACCAAACUCGCAGAGAUGAAGCAAAUCACUGCUGUUCUUUUCCAAGACCAGACACCGUUUCCUUCAAGGUGCAUCGUUCCUUCUGUUCUCCAAAGGCCGACUUUGUUCAAACCAAUGGCUCCAAAGCACCCUCGAGUGCUCUUCUAUGAGGAUGAAUUAUGUCAAGCUGUUGCUCAAAACAACCUUACCUGAUUACACUUGCUGCAGUCAGACUCUUCAUAUCGGUUUCCUCUCUCUGUUGAUAUUAGGUUUUGUCUUCAUUGCAUUAUUGAUCAUUGCUCUUGAUGAUCAUCAUUUCCUAUAGUAAGAAGAAGCAUGCAAGUUUUGUAGCAGUGCUAGUUCAGGGUCUUAGAUUUACAUGGCAAUCUCGUAGUAUCAUUUAAGGUUUUUAAGUUUUUCAGUCUCUGAGUUUGCAUAAUAAGCUUCUUUGAUUUGAUCAGUUGAGUCUUGUGUAUAUUUUUCUGCAUAUCUUUUGGAUCAGUGGGUUUUUUUUAUAAAUAUAAUUUGAUUGCUUUUGCUUGCUUUCA